CUCUCUCCACACACACACACACACACACACACACACACACUGACUGAGUGUCUGAGUCUGUAACACACCGACCCGAACCCGGACAGCAGGGAAACUCCUGCGACACACACACACACACACACACACACUCGACAGGCAGCAGGAGGAGCAGAGUCAGUGAACACCUUCAGACCCCUACAGAUAUGGUGGACACGCAGACGUUCGCCUGGCCCGUGGGAUUCGGCCUGAGCGCUCUGGAACUGGAGGAGCUCGACGACAGCUCGCACUCGCUGGACAUGAAGCCUUUCUCCACGCUGGACUACACCAGCAUCUCCGGCGUCGAGUACGAGCCGAGUCCGCAGAACGAGCCGCCACACAUGAUGGAUCUGACACACAUGUACAGUUACAGGACUCAGGAGAACUUCAGGACUCAGGAGAACAUCAGGACACAGGAGACCUUCAGGACACAGGAGAGCAUCUACAGAUCUCACGAGAGCAGCUUCACCGCGGAGGAGAGCGGAUACAGAGCACACCAGUCUCAGAACUUGAUCAAGCUUGAACCCGAGUCUCCUCCUCAGUUUGCAGAGAACAGCCUGUCGUUCUCCAAAGCUCACGAAGACCCGUCGGCCUCGGCGCUGAACAUCGAGUGUCGUGUGUGUGGAGACAAGGCCUCGGGCUUCCAUUACGGGGUGCACGCCUGCGAGGGAUGCAAGGGCUUCUUCCGCAGGACGAUCCGGCUGAAGCUGGUGUACGAUCACUGCGACCUGCACUGCCGCAUCCACAAGAAGAGCCGCAACAAGUGCCAGUACUGCCGCUUCCAGAAGUGCCUGAUGGUGGGCAUGUCACACAACGCCAUUCGUUUCGGCCGAAUGCCUCAGGCGGAGAAGGAGAAGCUGCUGGCCGAGUUCUCCAGUGACGUGGACCACAUGCACCCGGAGUCUGCGGAUCUCAGAGCGCUGGCCAGACUCCUGUACGAGUCCUAUCUCAAGUACUUCCCCCUGACCAAAGCCAAGGCCAGAGCCAUUCUCUCAGGGAAGACCAGCGACAACGCCCCUUUCGUGAUCCACGACAUGAAGUCCCUGAUGGAAGGCGAGCACAUGAUCAACUCCCGGCAGAUGCCGAUGCAGGAGCACCGGAGAUCCGACAUGGGAGUCAUUCACGAAGUGGAGCUGCGUUUCUUCCACAGCUGCCAGUCGAGAUCGGCCGAAGCCGUCAGCGAAGUCACCGAGUUCGCCAAGAGCAUCCCGGGCUUCGUGAACCUGGACCUGAACGACCAGGUGACGCUCCUGAAGUACGGCGUGAUCGAGGUGCUCAUCAUCAUGAUGGCGCCGCUCAUGAACAAGGACGGCACGCUCAUCUCCUACGGCCAGAUCUUCAUGACCCGCGAGUUCGUCAAGAGCUUGCGCAAACCCUUCUGCGAGAUGAUGGAGCCCAAGUUCGAGUUCUCCGUCAAGUUCAACAUGCUGGAGUUGGACGACAGCGACAUGGCGCUGUUCCUCGCCGUCAUCAUCCUGAGCGGAGACCGACCCGGCCUGCUGAACGUCAAGCCCAUCGAGGACCUUCAGGAGACGGUCCUGCACUCUCUGGAGCUGCAGCUGAAGACCAACCAUCCCGACUCCCUGCAGCUGUUCGCCAAAGUCCUGCAGAAGAUGACGGACCUGCGCCAGCUGGUGACGGACCACGUGCAGCUCAUCACACUCAUGAAGGAGACCGAGGUGGACUGGUGCCUUCACCCGCUCCUGCAGGAGAUCAUCAGGGACCUGUACUAGCCAUCUGGAGCCUGAUCCUGAUCCGGAGCCAGAGUCUGAUCCUGAUCCU